GCUCCAGCCUGCCACCAGACGAUCUGAAGCAGAACAAACAGGAAGUGAUCGAUGUUUCCUCAGCAGUUUCUCCACUUAAUUCAAAGUUACUCGGAAGAAGGGCGGUUUCUACAUAGCUACAGAGCUUAUUUAGCGGUUAUACCUGUCGGUGCAGACCUUCCUUCCGGUUUGUCUUCAUUCAUUUAUCAGAGGAUCUGACUCCGGCUGCUGCUGCAGGGCGGGCUUCAAGUUCAACUUUGCCUGCAGUUAUUUAACAAACCGUUUCAGACAGUGUCCAAAGGUUUUCUACUGCUGGCACCGAGGAUCUCUGCUGAAUCACCGUUUGCAAGAUGGAAUCAGCAUGGCAAAGUGUCCUGUCUGCGCACCAGAGGAUAGUGGACAAUGGAGAUAAGAGGACGGAUCCAUGGCUGCUGGUCUACUCCCCCGUCCCGGUGGCCCUCAUCUUCCUGGUUUACCUCGGUGUGGUCUGGGCUGGUCCACGUCUGAUGAAAAACAGAGAACCCGUGGACCUCAAAAUAGUUCUCAUUGUUUACAACUUCGCCAUGGUUGGCCUGUCCUCAUACAUGUGCUAUGAGUUCCUGGUCACAUCGUGGCUCUCGAGCUACAGCCUCCUCUGUCAGCCUGUAGAUUACAGCACCAGUCCGCUGGCAAUGAGGAUGGCCAGAGUGUGCUGGUGGUUUUUCUUCUCCAAAGUCAUAGAGCUCAGCGACACUCUUUUCUUCAUCCUGAGGAAGAAGAACAAUCAGCUGACUUUCCUUCACGUUUACCACCACGGCACCAUGAUCUUCAACUGGUGGCUGGGAGUCAAGUAUGUGGCUGGAGGACAGUCGUUCUUCAUCGGCCUGGUCAACACCUUUGUUCACGUUGUCAUGUACUCUUACUACGGCCUGGCUGCAAUCGGGCCUCACAUGCAGAAGUAUUUAUGGUGGAAACGUUACCUGACGUCUCUGCAGCUGGUGCAGUUUGUGAUGUUCAUCGUGUACACCGGCCAGAACAUAUACGCAGAGUGCGACUUCCCCGACUCCAUGAACAUGCUGGUGUUUGGCUACUGCAUCACCCUCAUCAUCCUCUUCAGUAACUUCUAUUAUAAGAGCUACGUCAGUAAGAAGAAGCAGAAAUGAGGUGCAGUGAUGAGACGUUACAUAUAACCAAACACACUGAGGCUUUAUGCAAAGCGCUGAUAUGAGAGUGUUCUGUCAGCUGGAAGGUUUUUAUACAGUGAAUUCAGUUCUUUUUUUUGUUUAUCUGCAGUAUUCAUCAGUGUCCAGUAGAGGGCACAACAUGCCCACAAUCUGAAGGUCUUUCUCAGGGUGCUACAGUUAAAACGUUCAGUACUUUACAGGCAGGAAUAAUGUUAACAAUUGUGUGAUCAUUCAGUUAUUUAUUUCUUAAAUUGAGAAAUGACAAACAUUCAAAUGAUUGAUGUAAACAAACUGUACAUUUUAUACAUAUAAUAAUAAUAAUAAUAAUAAUAAAGUAGGUUGGUUUCUCUGCAUUAUUGCAGAAUUAAUGAGGCCAAACCUCCUCCAGGGAUAAAUCCAAAAGCAAAAAAAAACAAACAAAAAAAAAAACAACUUAACAAAAUACAGAAAUGCAAACUUUUUUUUCCACUGCUAAAAACAGCACAGCAAAAUGAUAUAUUCUUAUCUACACUUCAGUCUAAAACAGAUUGAAAGAUGUAGAUUAAAGAGAAAAUAACACAAAGAGGAGGGAGGGAGAGAGAGGAUGUUUGAUUUAAAGUCUGUUCAGGAGUGUUUGUGUAUUAAAACCACAAAGUAUUGCAUGAAUAAGCUCAGUCUGAUUGAACUUUAAGUGUGCAACUCUUAGCACCAGCGUAUUAAAGUCAGAUUCCCUGUACGUGAUGAAUUCCUGGACAAUAAACGUGAACCUAAGAAAGAAAAGACUGUUCAGCUA